CAUCUCCCGCCCUGCCCCUUUUAAUGUGGAUCGAUCGAAUGGAGCUGCGAGUUCGUGGUUGGGGAGGAAAAAGAAGAAUCGGGGAGUGAUAGUUUCGGCUUCUGAGGAGCAGAGCUCGAGCCCCAAUUUGCAGAAGAGAAGAGUUUAGGACCAUAGGUUUUUGACCAAAUUAUGUUCAGGACCUGCAUAGUAUGACAAUGCCCAGGAACCUCUGGAAUGUGUUGAAAAUAGCACCUGAGCACAUUUUUCGUUUAAGCUGGUUUACCAAGGAUAAGUUCUACAAUGUGUUUAGCACUAAAGAUCAUCGAACACAUAUGUCUGCUCAAAUCAAAGGAGGAUUUAUCUGAUGAGGAAGAGAAGGAUAUGCUGGAUUAUCUGUAUACAACCCAGUAUCAAAUGAGAGGCAUUGUUGCAAUAUCAUUAGGACGUAUCGGUAAUCAAAAUCCCAACAAGUAUAGCUACGCUUUCUACCUGCGUUUCCAGAGAAAAGAAGACCUUGUAAAGUUUUACCAGCAUCCUUUCUACUUGGGAGUUCUCAAGGAUCAUGUAUCGCCUUACUGCCAUGAAUUGCUAAAUGUAGAUUAUGAAUCUGAAGUAGAAGAUGAUAUCCUUCCUAUAUUUCGAAAAGGAGAGGAAUUCAACUUUGGUGUGGAGUUUGUGCUUCUGAUUUCCUUUGUCGAUAAUGCAUCUGAUCAUGUGGAAGAUGCAUUGGUUUCUUUGGAAGGGCUGCUGAUGGGAUUCCAAUCCUUGAUUGUCCAAUCUACUCAAGGUGUGAAUUUUAACCCCAGCAGCAAGGAGUAUACACAUGGAGUAGUGAUUAGAUUUCGGUCGUUUGACGCUUUUGAGAUAUUUUUCGGAAGCUCAGAAUACAAAGACUUAUGGAAGUCAAAGUUCGAGAAAAUCACUCAGAAAACACUUUCUGUCCAUAUUCUAAUUCAACCAGUGGGUAGUGAGAUCAUGUAGCGAGGAUCCCAUGAGGGUUUCAACAGGCAUUCUUUCUCACUUUCUUCUGCUAUUGACAAGCAUGUGCAGGCCAGUUAAUCUCCUUUUAUUGAGUGCAUUGAUUUAAAUAAUCUGUAUUUAGUACUUUUUUACAAACUCUGUCUUGUCUAAAUGGAAAGAUGUCGAAUCCGUUUCUUCAAGGCUCUA